UCCAUUAAUUUUGAGUUUGACAGUUGUGUCUCUUGAACUGUACUUAUCAUAACCGAAAACAUAAUAAUAAUUGUUCUGUUAGAUGGAUUUCGACAUUAGUAAGGAAAAUAUUCAACCACUUCGAGGUGGACGUAAUGCUUCCCAGUUAGGAGUUGCUUUGCAAGCACAGACCGAUAUGGAUCAUCACAGAGAGUUGCUGCAACAGCAAAGUGAGUUUGAGCAUCAAAUUGAAACAUACACUGGCGAUGAUCCUCUGGAAAUUUGGUACAAUUACAUUUCAUGGGUCGAGCAAAGCUACCCCAAGCAGGGUCAUGAAGGAAAUUUAGGGCCAUUGUUGGAACGCUGUUUAUGUUUAUUUGAAAAAGAUCCACGGUACAGGAACGAUCGUAGGCUUUGUAAAUUAUUUAUUAAAUACAUUGAUCAACAUCAAAAUCCUCUGGAAUUGUACCACAUGAUGUAUGCGUCUGAGCUGUGCAGAGGGUGUGCUGACAUGUAUAGAGCAUGGGCGUAUUAUUAUGAAGCAACUGGUGAUUUUCAAAAUGCUCACACUAUAUUUGAGUAUGCGAAAAAGGAACUUGCACAGCCUAUUGGUGAUAUACUCAGUGCACAAGAAAGUCUUGUCUUGGCGGCAGGACGACACAUGAUUUAUGGACCAAAUGAAAGAGAUUUAUCAGAGAAGCGGCAAGCACUGACUUCUCUACAAACGUUUAAACCUGGACAAGUUGGCAGUGUACGCAAUGCCAUCAGUGAUUAUCCAGUCACAUUGGGUGCCCCAGUAGCUGGCCUAUCUAAUGCUUCUAUUCCGGUAUAUGAGGAUAAAGGGCCACAAGUAAGAGGAGCCGAAGCAGGCCCUAUUAGCAUUAUAGCAGCAGCAAAACGACAGGAAGUUCCCAAAGAAAAUACUCUAAAACCGGGACAAUGGACAACAGUAGUAUUAAAAAACAAAUUAGUUGGUCAACGAAAUUUGAAUAGUUGUGGAGGUAAUGCUGAUCGAGCAUCAAUUCCUAUAUAUGAAGAUCAGGAUGAGGAAUUAAGAGUGGCUGAACGUAAUAGUUUUGUAUCGGCAGAAAAACAUCAAGAAAUGUCUACAGUUAAACAAGAAAUGUGGAAGAUGCGACCUUUAGCUCAAGGAAGUGGUCCAGUUCAUGAAGGCUAUGAAGAUGGGCUUAAACGAACAACUGAUUUUGUAAGUGAAACGUUCGAAAAUUACUCCGAUUGGAUAGUUAGUUUAACUAUUCCUGAACCGAAAGAUGACAGAAUGGUACCGAUGUAUCCCAAAGCAAAAGUAUAUUCAAAGAUAAAUACCGAAUAUAGUCUUGAAGAAUUGCGAACCGGUCGAUAUUUACCAGCAAAGAGUCAACACCAAUCGGUUAAAAAUCUCUCGUAUCAUGAACAAAUUUCGUACCAGAACAUUUCCAAACAUCAUCACGAACAAACCCAAAGAGAAGAAAGUCAUCACCAAUCACCAUUGGCUUUCAACAUUUGGAACUCCCCUCAAGAGAAACAAGUUUUGAAUUUUGAUUUGUGGAAUACCUCCAAACACGACACGCCUAACACAUCGAUCAAUAUUCCAAAAUCGAGUGUGCCCCAAUUUUCAAUUUAUGAACAGUCAACUUUAGCUUUGCAAGAACACAUUGAACCGAAAGGGAGUGCGAUGAAAACGCCGUUCAAGGAUUUGAACGCUGAAGAGCUCGCCGAGACCGGUUCUCGAGGUGGAAUGGAUGUGGCGGCUGCAGCACCGGUAGAUAGCGCUAAAAGAUUGCCCUUGUACGACGACGACAGUAGUUCUUCGUAUGAUAAAAUACCAGAAACCGCGGAUUUCAACGAUCUUACUUGUAACACGCAAAUGUUUGGAUUUAAUUUGAACGUUAUGCAAGUGAGCACACCACAGAAUAAACAGCAGUAUCCCGCUAAUAGUGAAGCGAACGCUGCCAAGUUGACGCCGAAACAGUUGUUCGCUGAGCAAACUUUGAAGAAUGAUGGUGAGAAGUACGAGAAGAAUCUCUCGACUAUUUUCGAAGAAACCAAAAGCUACGGCCAAAGUUCCAGUUCAAGUUCGAGUAACGCCGCCACCAAAUCCUCGCUAUUCGGUAGCAACUUCAAACAGAACACUAUGGCGAAAAUUUCUGAAGAACACAACAGUUACCUCGCCCAAAAUCUCAUGGUGAAUGCGGCUUUGCGAUCGAGUUCGUUGGGCGAUCUCAUGGAUUUCGAUCAACAAACGAAUCCAGUUCCAUCGAUACCAAAGCCAGUCGAGUCGGUAGUACCAGCACCAACAAAAUUCACACCACUGACAGUGGUGCCAUCUGAUCCGUUUAAACAAAAUCUAAUAGAGGCGCUGUUGCGAAGAGUUAAUUUUCCGGGACCGCAUAUACACGGUUAUGUUUAUUUAAGUAGCAUUCCAAAGUUGGUAGUCCGCAAAGAGUCUGUCAAUAUCGGACUGGAUAAAUACGUGAUUGAGAAACAGCUCGGGAAGGGGACUUAUGGCACUGUUUUUCGGGGAAUUGAUGUCAGGACGGGGAAUACCGUUGCGGUGAAGUUUCAAAGACCAGCCAAUAAAUGGGAGUUUUAUAUUUGUAGGGAACUGAGAUCGAGAUUGGCACAGCAUCCGCUUUGGGAAAGAUUCAUGGAUGUUAGAAUCGGUUAUUUUAGUGACCAAGCCUCGGUAUUGAUCUCAGAAUUCAUGCCUUGUGGCUCAUUGCUGAGUGUCGCAAACACUGUAAAGCAGAAAUCCGGGCGCCCCAUGAAAGAAUCUCUCUGCAUCCAUUUUUGUUUAGAAAUGCUGAAAGUGGUCCAAGCGAUGCACGAGGUGAAAAUCAUUCAUGCCGACAUCAAACCUGACAAUUUCCUAGUUCAACUCACGACGAACGAUGCUAUAGUUUUACAAUUGAUUGAUUUCGGCUGUAGUAUAGAUAUGUCUCUAUUUCCACCAAAUGCCAGUUUUACUCGCAAAGUUACAACUGAAAAUUUCAUCUGCUGCGAAAUGCUCGAUGACCGGCCAUGGAACUACCACACAGAUUUGUUUUGCAUUGCUGCCACCGCGCACGUUCUAUUGUUCGACAAGUAUAUACAGAUGCGGAAGAACGAUGGCCAUUGGUCGAUUUCGAAUCGGCUGCCGAGAUACGCCAGAUUAGAUCUGUGGAAUAUGUUUUUUAGUACUCUACUUAACCAGCAGGACGGACCAGCGAAUUCGGCGGCGUUGCAAGCGAUGCUUGAAGAUAGCUUGAAUCACAAAUUUGAUGACUAUCACAAUGAACUCCGAUUUCUUACCAAUCUUCUGAAAAAUCGAUAGCAGUUUGGUUGAGGCACGUCGCAGUUGGAUUUUUGUUUCAAAUAGGUGUUUCUAAAUAAUUUUAAGUAACUAUUUAUUUUUAAUAAAGUUAUGUUAAAUAGGUAA